CCGCAAUCGACCGCAAGUCACCUCAGACUAUCUUGUAUCUUUUGCAGAGCCUCUGAACAAGUGCAUACUCUACUUCUCCAGCUCCAGUACAUCCGCCGACAUUCAAAAUGCCAGCCACAAACGGCCUCGCCCCCUCGCUCACUCCCGACGAGUACGAAACCGUCAAACAACACGGCGACUGGACCGGCUUCAUACAAUCCCAUGAACUCAAGCCCUGGGACCAUGACGAUAUCAACGAGGCGCAUGAGAUUGUGAAGGGUCUCGGCCCGAUGGGAAUUGAUUAUGAUGAUCAGGAUCCAGUCUAUGAAGUCCGAUACGACGACGAGGAAGAAGCAGAAGUCGGUACCCUUGGACAGGACUAUGCAGAGGGCGAUGGAGGCGAUGAUGGAUAUGUCCCAGGCGAUAGUGGAGACUAUAUAGAUGGUGACGAUCAUGAUGACUACUACGACGGGGGUGUGGUCGACGACUAUCCUGAAGACUAUGAUCAGGGGUAUGACUAUGGUGAUGAUGAUGGAGGAGAUUCUUUUGACCAAGAUUACGAUGAGGAUUAUGAUAGUGGUUAUGACUAGGAUGGUUAGAUCGAGCAUCAGGGGAUGAUUCAACGUAGGUUGACCCGCUCUAUGAGGGCUUGUGGUAGUGAAAACAUCUGAGAGUGUCCUCGCAUGCAGCACUAUCCUCUAUUUCUG